AUGGCGGAUAAUCCACCGCCACCAGAAAGACUGUUGGGUGACUACGGAGGUGCAAAUGCACCAACCGGAAGAUUAACAAUUGUCAACCAACCAGUGAACGUGGCUAAUUUCCAGUUACAUCCUAGUACUAUUAAUCAGCUUGAAAGGAAGCAUUUCACUAGAAAAACCAAACAGUUGAUUGAUACCGCAGUCGGUGGCUCUACUAAUUUCUCAACAGCCACCGGUAUCAAGAAGAUCAUUGAAGCUAUUGUUAUUAAUGAGCACUUGGAGCUGUACGAUAGAUGUCAAAGUAAACCAGAAGGGGUUAUCGAUUUAAAGCUAGAAACCAAUAAAAUCUGUAUCGAAGAUACUAUAGCUGUGGAAGUUGAGAAGAAGCUGAAGGCGAUGAAUAUAGGCACCCAACGGGUGGCACAGGUCCAACCGGCUCCUACUGUCUGUUGUGAAAUUUGUAAUAGUUCGCACCAAAUGGUGUAUUGUUUUGCAACUCCUCGACAAGUGGAGGAAAUCAAAUUUUUAAAGCAGAAUAAUCCUUAUUCCAACACGUAUAAUCCGGGUUGGAAGAAUCAUCCCAACUUCUCAUGGAAAGACCAGAAAGGGAACGCUCCUCAACACGGUCAAUACCAAACUCAAUAUCAACAACAACAACAACAACAAGCCCCUACGAAAGCUGAUUGGGAGAUUGUCAUUGAAAGAAUGGAAGCUCAUAAUGUUCAAUUCCAAGAAGAAACCCGAAACAAUCAGAAAAACACCGCAGCAUCCGUAAAAAAUCUUGAAGUCCAGAUGGGUCAAACCGCACAGCAAUUAGCCUCAAGUUCUCAAGCACAAGGUGCUCUACCUAGUGCAACUGUGACAAAUCCUAGAGAGCCUAGUAAUGUAAGUGUUGUGACAACAAGAAGUGGUAAAUCUGAUGAAGUAGUCGAGGAGAUGGAUGAAGAGGAAGAUCAAUUGAUCGAAGUGGAUCUUGAGAUUAAAGAAAAUGAAGUUGUGAGGGAAGAAGUGGUGGCAUUGAAACCAGUAGUGAAAGAAAUAGUCACUGAGCCUAAGCCGGUUGUUAAGAUUCCUUUUCCCACCAGAAACAAGAAAAAGGGGCAACAUGAGAAAAACUUUGAAAAGUUCCUAGAGUUGUUCAAGAAGCUAGAGAUUAACAUUCCGCUGUUGGAGGCACUUGAACAAAUGCCUACUCAUGCCAAGUUCAUGAAGGACAUCAUUUCUAAGAGGAGUGCCAUCGGAACCAACCCGAUUAUUCUAAUCGAAACUUGUAGUUCUAUUUUCCAGGGUAUGAAGAUUCUAAUAAAGAAGAAAGAUCGAGGAGUUGUCACUAUCCCUUGUACUAUUGGAGAUAGGUCAUUCAGUAAAGCUCUUAUUGAUCUAGGAGCUAGUGUGAGUCUCAUGCCAGUAUCCAUUUACAAGAAGCUCGGUAUAGGGUUUGUGCAAGAUACCUGGAUGACACUCCAAUUCGCUGAUCAUUCGGUCAAGAAACCGUAUGGUAUUGUUGAAGAUGUUCUAGUGAAAAAUGACAAAUUUGUAUUCCUGGUGGAUUUCGUAAUUCUAGAAAUGCCGGAAGAUGAAGAGAUCCCUCUCAUUCUUAGGAGACCCUUUUUAGAGACGGGAAGGUGCUUGUUCAACAUAGAAGAAGGGACUAUGAUGUUGAAGGUUUAUGAUGAGGAAUUAAAGAUCGAUGUUCGAAACACCAUGAAGUACAAAGAUGAUAUUUGUACCGGUCAUACUAUAGAGGUUCUGGAUCAGGUGAUGACGUAUGAUAGUCCUUUGAAUGCACCACAGUCAUCUUUGGAAAGAGUGUUGAGUUUGUCCAUUUUCGACAGUGAUAAAAAAGUGGACAACGGGGAAUCUGAAGUGCUAGCCUUGUUGGACGCACAACCCCCAUGGAAAGGAUCUUGA